AGGAGGCCGAUGGCACGCUGGACUGCAUCAGCAUGGCCCUGACCUGCACCUUCAACCGCUGGGGCACGCUGCUCGCCGUGGGCUGCAACGACGGCCGCAUCGUCAUCUGGGACUUCCUGACCAGGGGCAUCGCCAAAAUCAUAAGCGCUCACAUUCACCCCGUCUGCUCCUUAUGCUGGAGUCGAGAUGGUCACAAACUGGUGAGUGCUUCGACCGAUAACAUUGUGUCACAGUGGGAUGUGCUCUCUGGAGACUGCGACCAGAGGUUUCGAUUUCCUUCGCCUAUCUUGAAAGUUCAGUACCACCCUCGAGACCAAAACAGAGUUUUGGUUUGUCCCAUGAAGUCAGCGCCGGUGAUGCUAACGCUGUCAGACUCCAAACACGUUGUCCUGCCUGUGGAUGACGAUUCUGAUCUCAAUGUUGUGGCCUCCUUUGACAGGCGAGGGGAAUACAUUUAUACGGGCAAUGCCAAGGGGAAGAUCUUGGUCUUAAAAACAGACACUCAGGAUCUUGUUGCUUCCUUCAGAGUGACAACUGGAACCAGCAACACCACAGCUAUUAAAUCGAUCGAAUUUGCUCGGAAGGGAAGCUGCUUUUUAAUAAACACAGCGGACCGGAUAAUCAGGGUGUACGACGGCAGAGAAAUUCUGACUUGUGGGCGAGAUGGGGAGCCUGAACCGAUGCAGAAGCUGCAGGAUUUAGUGAACAGGACGCCGUGGAAGAAGUGCUGCUUCUCCGGUGACGGUGAAUACAUAGUGGCGGGUUCAGCACGACAGCAUGCCCUGUACAUCUGGGAGAAGAGCAUAGGAAACCUCGUGAAGAUCCUCCACGGGACCCGGGGAGAGCUGCUCUUGGAUGUCGCAUGGCAUCCUGUCCGACCGAUCAUAGCUUCGAUUUCGAGUGGUGUUGUGUCGAUAUGGGCUCAGAAUCAAGUGGAAAACUGGAGUGCCUUUGCACCUGACUUCAAAGAGCUGGAUGAAAAUGUAGAGUAUGAAGAGAGAGAGUCAGAGUUUGACAUUGAAGACGAAGAUAAGAGUGAACCAGAACAGACAGGUGCUGAUGCGGCAGAAGAUGAAGAAGUGGAUGUAACUAGUGUGGAUCCCAUCGCUGCCUUCUGUAGCAGCGAUGAAGAACUGGAGGACUCCAAGGCUCUGCUUUACUUGCCCAUCGCUCCUGAGGUUGAAGAUCCAGAAGAAAACCCCUAUGGACCCCCACCAGAUGCGGUUCAGAGUUCUCUAGCUGAUGAGGGGAUAGGUUCUGAGAAGAAGAGGCAGUCCUCCUCUGAUGGCCCUCAGGCACCAAAGAAGAAGCCCAAAACCACCAACAUUGAACUCCAAGGAGUACCUAACGAUGAAGUCCAUCCACUGCUGGGUGUGAAGGGAGAUGGUAAAUCCAAGAAGAAGCAAGCAGGCAGGCCUAAAGGAUCAAAAGGUAAAGACAAAGAUUCUCCAUUUAAACCGAAACUCUACAAAGGGGACAGAGGUGCUUUACCUCUGGAAGGAGCAGCGAAGGGUAAAGUGCAGGCGGAGCUGGGACAGCCUUUGACAGCAGGUGGUGCAAUCUCAGAAUUGCUAUGAAGACACUCUUCUUUAUCUUCCUGUAUUCUUUCCUAUAUUGGCACCGUAAUGUGGAAAAUAGAUGAAAUGCUUAGUCAGAGUGGACUGACUAAUACAGCAGACUGUUCAUGGAUUCAGGGAGUGACUUUUGUAAGACAUGGAAGAGGAAACGGCCUUCAUUCCUCCUUAACUGCCUCUUCGUCGAACAGUGUGAGAUGCUGACUCUCAGGUCGUGCCGUUUGCAAAGAGACUGACUGGACUGCGUUUGUGUUGACAGACGUAACUGUUUCGGAAGGGAGCUGGUACCCGACACUGCCACUCCACAGCUGAUCAGCCAUUGGCUUUUAAAUAUAUAUAUAUUUUUGUGUUUUGUUCCUGGAUUGAAGAAUUCCCAAAGCGUGUAUUUUUAUUCCUGAUGCUGUCUGACUGUGUAUCCUGCAAACUUCCCCUUCUUGGCUGUUGAUUUUGGUUUCGGUGAGCCGUGAGCCCUUUGUGCCAGCUGCAUUCCCUCCCCAGCUUUUCUUAGCCCAGCGUGACGUCUCCUGGGCUGCCGUGCUCAGCGAAGCAUCGCUGCCGAUCGCGUGCCAGGGCUGCUUUCACCUCAAGGGGAUAGAGAGCUAAUGGGAAGCACCAAGACACCCUCGGAAGUCUGCAAAGAGUGAAACCUUUGUAUUGGGAGUACUUUAGACAUGAAGGAUGACUCCCCUUAUGGGAAAAGGGACAAGUGAAAGUAGCUCUAGAUAAACUACUCACUCUAUGUGCUUGCUGUGACACGAAAAGCUGUGCUGGCGGUUUCUUUCUGUCCUUGCAAGUGUGUUUGUUCUGUUGCUUUCCCUUGAGAUGCCCUUCCAGAAACAACUGGUUUCCUCCUCAGCUGGUGGUGCUGGCAGGCAGAGGGGAAACAGAGCCAGUAUUUCUCUGAACUGGAAGUGUUUCAUUAUUCCUGC